UCUCUCUCUCUCUGGAGAACAAACCCUAAUCCCCGUAACUUCUCUCGAUCUCUCUCUCUCUCAGAGUCUGUCUCUUCUCUCUGUUUCACCUCCCUCCUUCCUCAAAAGUCAAUUUCUAUUUUAGAUCUGUGUUUUUGGUGGACGAUGUUUGUACCAAACCCUAAUUUUCGUUUUGUGUUGACCCCGAAUUUACAGAGAGCCCUGUCCCGUGUUAAAACCCUCUGAUUAGCUCUCCAACAGACAUGUUCGGCGGAGAUGAAGUGUCAGCUAUAGUGUUUGCCUUGGAUUCGUACACUUGCAAGGCUGGCUACACCGGCAAAGAUGCUCCCAAAGGCCGUGUUUUCCCUUCCGUUGUUUGGGCAGUAGAUGGAGUAGUGGCAAUGGAUAUGGAUGUCGAUGUUGAUUCUUCAAAGACAAAUUCAAAUUCCAAGGAUUCAAAGUCUGAAAAGGAGAAGGGUAAACGUAAUCUCUAUGUGGGAUCUCAAGCCUUGAAUUACCGCAAGGAUCAUAUGGAGAUCUUGUCACCUAUCAAAGAUGGUAUUGUUUCUGAUUGGGAUUUGGAGACUGACGGAAGAAGAAGCGGAGUGGUGUUGGAGAUGGCCGAGGAAGAAGACGCGACGGAAAAAAGAAGCUGAGAUCCUUGAAAUAGGAAAAAGAAGAAUGAUAGUUGCAGAUCCUAAAGUAUUCACCUCUGGUUUCUCUUUAGAUUCAAGACUAGAACUCUCCUGGGAGUGGCAGAAGCAUGAGAGUCGCAGAUUCUCAAGAUUCUCUGCGAUGUGUAAUGAAUCUGACUUGAAACGUCUAUGUGCUGUGUAAUGAAUCUGACUUCAAGAUAGUGAAGUGAUUCUCUAGCAAGACUUUUCUCGAGGUAAUGUUAACAUUCCACUCUUUUCAUUAACUCAUAUUCGUGUACUGAUACUGUUGUUCUUCAGUCCUCAAGGUAAUGCUGUGCGUUUGUUUCUUUCUGAUUCUGUCAGUGUUGGUACUAAAUGAAGCUGAGAAGCUCUCGCGAGAAGCACACUUGCCAGUUCUUGACAGUUCCUCGGCAAGAUGGCCGAAUUUUCAGACAAAUGUGCACACCAACGAAGUUUUAUGUAUUGUGGCAUGAUCUCAGCAGUGGUAGUCGGUAUAAUACCUAUAUCGCCUUAUACCACCGUAGACGACAAAGCUCUAACUGCAGAAAACCUUAAGGUUCUUGGAACACCAGCUCGGGAGAUUAUUAAGGUGCAUCCCCUACUCUUUCGGUGUAAGAUACAGGCUAAGGCCAAGAAGAAAAUAGGAGCAAGGUUUUGAUUUAGUUCCCAUGUUUUUUAGUCCCUUUAUAUUUAGUUCUGAUUUUGUAAUGAUGUUUGUGUAAGAUUUGAUGAAAAUGUAGACAUGUUUGUGGUACUGAUGUAAGUACAUUUUUGUUU